UUCACACAUUUGUAUUGCGAAGACACGUGCUACAGUUCUGAACCAUGUUGAUUUUGUUUGCCUCUUUUUUGAUACUAAGUGGAGUUUUCUCUCAAAAUGCAAAGGCACAAACACUGGAAGAUUUAAAGCAGAGCUACGUGGAGAUGAUAAUCCAAUGUUCCAAAAUCUUCCCAAUCAAGCCAUCGGACAUGGUACUCCUUAAACAGAAGAUAAUGCCGGACAACGAGGAUAUGAAGUGUCUUUUCGCUUGCGUCUACAAAAACGCUGGAAUGAUGAACGAAAAAGGUGAAUUAUGGGUUGAAGGAGUAAACAAAUUGACACGACGGUAUUUACCCAAUGAUCCUGUCCGACUACAAAAAAGCGAGAAGUUUACAGAGGAAUGCAAAAGUGUCAAUGACAUAGCAGUCAGCGACGGUCAGCGAGGAUGUGACAGAGCUGCCCUGAUCUUCAAAUGCACCGUCGAAAAGGCCCCGGACGCACUGACGGAAGAAGAACUCAAAAUGGAGUUUAUGAAGCUGAUCAUGAAAUGCAACACGGAUUCAGGAGUGGAUGUCAAUGAGCUGAUGCAGUUGCAAAGAUACGUGGUGCCGACGAAGCCUGCGACCAAGUGCCUUUUAGCCUGCGCUUAUAAAGCAGCAGAAAUAAUGAACUCCAAAGGAUUGUAUGAUAUCGAACACGGUUACAAGGUAGCCGAGAUGAUCAAGAACGGAGAUGAAAAACGGUUAAUCAACGGAAAGAAAAUGGCUGACAUCUGUGUUAAAGUGAAUGAUGCAAAGGUGUCGGACGGGGAAAAAGGUUGUGAUAGAGCGGCGAUGAUCUUCAAAUGCACAGUAGAAAAUGCUCCUAAAUUUGGGUUCAAGCUAUAAGUAUAUAAGAGACGAAAAGUUGUGAUGCUCCACAUUUAAAUAAUAUGAAUUUUAUU